UGCCAUUUUUUCCAUCUCUCUCCCCUCUCUCUUUCUCUCUCUCUCUCUCCAUCCACCUCUCUCACUCUUUUUUCUCGGCUCUCCUUUCUCAAAAAAGCCAUGACGGCGAUCCCGCGAUCCAUCUUCGCCUCCACGCCAUCUUUGUAUUAUUUGUAAUUUAUUUUUAUUUUUAGUUCAUUUUAUUUUUUGGAUGUCAAAGGCGUUGGAUGAAGAUAUUUUUUGCCCCACCGGAGUCUCCUCUCUAACCCCGGCUCUUCCCGAUGUGAUCCGCGCUGAACGCCGCCGCCAGCCACCAUGUCUCGCCGCAAGCAAGGCAAACCGCAGCACUUAAGCAAACGGGAUUUUUCGCCAGCCGAGCCUGUCUCCGCAGCCGUCAUCUCGUCGGAGGAGCUGUCGGAGCGCUGCUCGGAGCAUUUGGAAGAGAGCGGCAACCUCAACGGGCAUCACCCGGGCUCGACCGUGGGCCGCCUGGCCAGAUUGGGUCACGACGCUCACCCCUCGCUGGAGCAGGAUCUCCUGACCUGCGGUCAGUGCCAAGCCACCUUCCCCCUGGCAGACAUCCUGCUCUUUAUUGAGCACAAGAGGAAGCGAUGCCACGGGCCGCCCUGCCUGGCUGCUACCGUGGGCCGGGGCCUGGACAAGCCUCCCUCUCCCUCGCCCGCUCUCGCCCUCACUCCUUCAUCUGCCCUGGCCUCUCUGCGCAGUCGGAGGCCCGUGGAAGUGGGCGUCCAGGCCACGCUGGCAGAGGACGACGAUGACCGGCUCUCAUCACCGCGGAGGAUUUGCCCAAAGCAAGAGCCCGUCCCAGGUAAAGAGGAGCCAACUACUUACACCUGCACUACAUGUAAGCAGCCAUAUGGCAGUGCCUGGUUCUUACUGCAGCAUGCCCAGAAUACCCAUGGGUUCCGCAUCUACCUAGAAAGUGAACAUGGGAGUCCUCUCACUCCACGCAUGGGUGGGCCUUCCUCCCUCGGUGGUGGUGCAGACUGCCCUUCUCAACCUCCCCUCCAUGGCCUACACUUGCCUCCUGAUGCAAGCCCUUUCAACCUCCUCCGCAUUCCUGGCUCGGGCUCAGGUGGAAGGGAAAGCGUCGGUGCAGGGGGUGGAAUUGGCGCUUGUGGUGCUCCUAGUGCAGUGCAUCAUCAGCGUUUCCCUCCUACACCACCCCUCUUCAGCCCCCCUCCAAGGAACCACCUGGACCCCCACCACCUGAGCCCAGAGGAGCUGGCGCUGGCAACCCACCACCCGAGUGCCUUUGACAGGGUGCUGCGUCUCAAUCCUCCUCUGCCUCUGGACCCCCCUCCGACAAUGGACUUUUCAAGGCGGCUACGCGAAUUGGCAGGCAACACCUCUGGAUCCACUCCUCCACUAUCUCCUAGUCGGCCCAGCCCCAUGCAACGGUUACUCCAACCAUUCCAGACAGGAGGAGGAAAUGGAGGCACAGGAGGUAUAGGUGGAAGUAAAGCCCCAUAUCUUGCCACCCCACCACCUCUUCCAGGCUCCAUGCAGUCACCUGUGGGCUCUCAAACCACACCUACUACCCCUCUCCCAUCAGCAGGGGCAACACCCUCAUCCACCACUCCACUGAAAUCAAAAUGUUGUGAGUUCUGUGGCAAGGCAUUCAAGUUUCAAAGUAAUCUCAUAGUUCACCGACGCAGCCACACAGGGGAGAAACCUUAUAAAUGUCACCUUUGUGACCAUGCUUGUACACAGGCUAGCAAGCUAAAGCGCCACAUGAAGACACACAUGCACAAAUCUUCCUCACCUAACACAGGCAAGUCAGAAGAUGGGCUCUCAACAGCCUCAUCUCCAGAGCCCGGGACCAGUGAGCACAUGGGCAGUGCAACUAAUGCCCUAAAGUCAGUGGUGGCCAAGCUAAAAAGUGAGAAUGACCGGAUAUUACGUGAGAAUGGGGAAGAAGAGGAGGAGGAGGAGGAGGAGGAAGAAGAGGAGGAGGAAGAAGAAGAAGAAGAGGAAGAAGAGGAGGAGGAGGGUGAGGAGGAAGAGCAGCAGAAUGGAGAGAGGGCAGGAAGAAGGAACAACAACAGCUAUCACUUUGGCCUUGAACAGACACGGCAUCAUGAAAAUAAUGGCAGUAUUGGAGGCCGCCUAGGUGGAGCAGCUGAUGAGGGGUCAAUCCCUCGGUCACUGCCUGAGGUAAUGCAGGGGAUGGGUCUGGCUGCUAGCAUGCAACACUUCAGUGAAGCUCUGAAUGCACACAAACGGAAUGCCAUGACCCAGGAGAACCACCUGCACCACCACCUCAAUCGAGACCAUCAUCACAAUCGUGAGAUGUGUGAUGGAGACUCAGCACUUGAAACAGACCGUGGGGAGGAGGGCUCUGUCUCAACAGUCAAUGGGAGAGGAGCAUCCCCUGAAUCAGCUUCUGUUGGCCUAUCUAAGAAACUGCUUUUGGGUAGCCCAAGCCCACUCAGUCUUUUUUCCAAACGCAUCAAACUGGAAAAGGAAUUUGACCUACCAACUCCAACAAUUCCGAACACAGAGAACGUCUACUCCCAAUGGCUGGCUGGCUAUGCUGCCUCUCGACAACUCAAGGAUCCUUUUCUGAACUUUGGGGAUUCUAGACAAUCGCCCUUUGCCUCUUCAUCUGAGCACUCUUCUGAGAACGGCAGCCUGCGUUUUUCAACUCCUCCUGGGGAACUGGAUGGUGGGAUGUCAGGCCGCAGUGGUACUGGGAGUGGGGGAAGCACACCACACCUUGGGGGUCCUGGACGGCCGAGUUCCAAGGAUGGUCGGAGAAGUGAUACUUGUGAGUAUUGUGGAAAGGUGUUCAAGAACUGUAGUAAUCUAACAGUACACCGGCGCAGCCACACAGGGGAGAGACCGUACAAGUGUGAGCUGUGCAAUUAUGCUUGCGCCCAGAGCUCCAAACUUACUCGCCACAUGAAGACCCAUGGUCAGGUGGGCAAAGACGUGUAUAAGUGUGAAAUUUGUCAGAUGCCCUUCAGUGUCUACAGCACCUUGGAGAAACACAUGAAAAAAUGGCACAGUGACCGUCCUUUGAGUACCGAAAUAAAGUCAGAGUAGAAGGCUGAACUAUGGGACUUUUCUCCACAGCAGUGUCCAACAUUAUUUCCCUGUUCAGUCCAAGCCCCUUGUAGAUUUGCUCCAAUCCCAACACACCACUUUCACCAGUGUGGUGGAAGCUAAGACCAUGUGCUUUGCACCAGCACAGCCUGUCUCCAUUAUCCAUUGAAUGCAUGAUCUGUAUCGGGGCAAUACUCUUGCAUUGACGCAAAACUUCGAGCCUUUCUCUUGUGCAAUAAUUUACAUGUUGUGUAUUUUAUUUCUUUUUUAAGUUUAUCUUUUCCAUUUUUAAGAAUUAGUCAGCAUGCAUAGUAUGUUUUUUGCUAAUCAAAAAGAAAAUGAAAAGAACUUGUCCCUGGUUGGUUAGUUGUUAAGUAAAUGUGUUGCUUGUUACAUUUUUUUUCUUUUAAAUCUUGCAAAAACCGAAAAGACAAGAAAGAUAUAUCCAUGCUGCAUACAUUCUGUUACACAUAUCAUGUACAGUUUUGUUUUGGAACAUGGAAAGUGAACAGUAUUUGACUUGACAACCCUGGAAAUGCACUUACACUCAUCUUUCUAAAAGAUGUCAUGUUCAUACAGGGUUCAAAAGAAAAAAAAAAUGCAUUGGCGUGAUGACUAAAUUUAAGGAAUUACAGCCUUCAAAAUUCUUUCUAAAAGUCAAGGGUGAGCUCAAAAUUCAAUUUAUGCUAUCAUGUGUUUGAAUAAUAAAGAGUGCCUUUGAUAUAUCCAACUGCAUUGGCCAUAAUCUUAUCUAGUAUUAGUUUGAAGUCACACUAGUAAAAAGUUAGAGGAUUUAAGCCACCCAAGAAAGGUCCUUGCAUCAAGCACCUGACUGCAGAAAUUGACUGUGAUAACUCAGAAUGGAUGAUCACAGAGCUUUUAUGAGUUUUAAUCAUCAUUUAGCUACCUAUUACAUGUUCAAUAGGCUAUCUUAAAUAUGUGGAUUUCAUGGCAAGCAUGGUACAAGCAGUAUUGUGUAUAUCUGAAUUAUUUGUAGUUUUGUCUCUGGUAAGGAGGUACUUUUGAAUAAAAGGUAACCUGUAGUGUACAAUCCUGAAUUUGAGGGAUAUAACACAUGGCUUAGAAGUGUCAUGUCACUGCAUUAGCACAAACAGACAACACUGCUUUAAUAUGUCAGUGUGUGGAACAAUGCAAAGUCAUAUAUGAGGCAAAGUUUAUUUGAGAACCUUGAAAUGACUACAAGCUAGACAGACGGUUACACAAAACUGGAAGCUAUACAGAACUGGAUGCUAUACAUAUAGUUUACACAGCUCGGAGGCAAUCUCACUUAUCAAGACAGGGUGACUAACUGUGAAUUGAAGAAUGAAAGAAAGAAAUUAAGAAAAAAUAUAGUUGAUGUGUAGGCUCUUAAAAAGGGCAAAAUUAGAGGUUUUAAUCAGAAUGCAUAGGCUGCUGCAGGGCACAAUGUGAUUUGCUGUUGCUUUCUAACCCAAAAGGAAAGUUUUGUCUUUCUUUGCUGCAUUUCUUUCAAGGUGUUCAUAAUAUAGCACUUGUCACUCCACCCGAGCGUAAAGCAACGAUAUCUCUUGCAUUGUCCCACACUGAUACGAUGGUGGUACCCUAAAAGCUAGAUUGUCAUUUAUAGGACAUUAAGUGCACUGAUUCAAUUUUCCCAGUUUACAAGUUUGAUCUUAUGGGGAAAACAUUGUUGAAAUGCUGUCAGAUGACAAGGGUCCCUUUAUUUAAAGCAGUAAAGGACGAGACACAAUCUGUUGUCAGUUACUUCACCCUCAUGACCCUUGAUCUUUGUACCCUUUCACAUUUGACCAUUUGUCACUUUGUUACCCCUAGAAACCCCCCAGUGCUAAGUCUGGGCCCAACAUUCACCCUGUUGGCAAGGUCUGUAAAUUCAAACUCAGUUUCUGUGAUUUACAAAUAUAAAUGAUCCCAGAAUGGACACUGGCUCAGUACCCAUCAACUAUGUGAUUAUCAAGGAGCUUAUUUGUCAUGUAGGUGUUGUCCAUACAAAUAAUCUAUAGACCUUGCUGGCAAGAUGAUAAACAUUUAAAUGUUGUUGAUCACACUGCAAGAAUUUGUUUUUGUACAAAAUAAUAAUAAUUAUUAAAAUAUUUCCUUUAAUUAUUGUUAUGAAAAUUAACAUUUUUACAACACUUCACUAUCUUUUAGGGGGACUGUAUUUAAGUUUUGUUGAUUUUUUCCUCUUUUCAGCGUCUUGGUGGUGUUCAAGACUCAGAUCAAAUGAUGCUUAAAAAAGACCAAAAAAAAAAAAAAAAUGAAAAAAAAAAUGGAAAAAGCAAAAGAAAAAAAAAUCUGUGAUUUUUUUUUUUUUUUUUUCAAUUUUGCCUUGGCUCUUCACAGCUCUUCAGGUUGAAAUACAAUUUGCAUUGGGGAAAGGAUUAAGAUUAUAUAUGAAUAUAUAAUAAAGAACUUAAAAUAUAGGAAAAUGCACACUCAUGUCAGUUCCUAUGCUUAAACACAUUUAUGGUCUACUUUUUCUGUAUUUCUAGAAUUGUAUUUGAAUUCAAUGUUCACUUAGAGUAGGCACUAUAGUAUUUAUAUUGAGGCUCGUAUUUUUAACUGUUGCUUGUUCUCUCUAAAGGUAUCUACCAUACCUUUUUUUGGUAGUGGAAAAAAAAAAAUCCCAAGCUGCCACGGUAUAUUUUUUUAAUUUGGCAGGAUAAUAUAGUGCGAAUUAUUUGUAUGUUUAAAGAAAAAAAGACAUAAAAAAGCAGCUAAGAUAUGUGGUUUUGGGAGGCAUCGCGGGCCAUAAGAUGGCUGCCGCUCUGUUUCUAGGCCACAGAGGUGUUUGUACAUAUCUUGGUUUUGGUUCGGACCCCCUUCCUUCGCAUCCCCGCUGCCAUUCUUGUAUGCAGUAAUGCAAGCUGACAUCAGCCUGUUUUGUUGUGUGCUUCUGUCUCUCUCACCUUUGCCACCUGACUACAUUCCAACAUCUUACCAAGAAGAUAGAGAGAGAAGGAAAAAAAAAAACAUCAUAUGCAGUACAUGGAUUACAAGAAGCAUCAAAAUAAAUACAUUUUAAAAAGAUAUUAAAUGUUUUGCGAUUUUGUUUGGGUUUUAUUAUUUUUUUUUUUUUUUUUUUUGUCAUUGCCAAAUACUAAAUGGUGCUUUAUAUUUUGAUUGGGUAUACUUUCAUAUGCAAAGCAUAUCUAAAAAUGACCUGGGGGACUCCGAGAAGCCUGCUUGAGUUCAGACUUUUUGUAAAUGGCAAUGUGGAAUAUUUUAUUAUCAGCCUUUUCUAUUCCUGUUCUGAGAGCUGUUUGUUGUAACUUGAACUUGAACUUUAUCUUUUACAAUGGGAAUUACUAUUUAUUAUUAUCUAUAUUCUCUGUUCAAAACAGAGACAUGGAAUGGAUCCUUAAUUUUGGUUUCUUUUUUUUUUUUUUUAAUGUUUUUGGUUAUAUUAUAAUUUGAUUUUGUUUUGUUUUUUUUUAAUAAUGGUGGCCAAUGGUCAUUGGAGAAACCAAGCUCUUUUAUUUUCUGUUGUAAAUGUUUGGGGUCUCUGUUCAGUUGUGUUGGGAAAACCACUGUCUGUUUUCUGGCAGAUGUCUGCAUAAUCCUGUUCACACACCCAUUUUGUCCCUUUACCGAAAAACAAUUAAUAAAAAAAAAUAAAAUA